AUGGAUCUGCUGCUGUUGGUGAACACGAGCCUGGGCUCCGCCAACGAGUCCCUGGCGCUGCCCCCCGCCUCGCCGUCCUCCUCGGCCCUCCUGCAGCCGCCCUCCCCCUACUCGCCGGCGGCCGUGGCCAGCCUCGCGGCGGUGGUGGGCUUCCUCAUCGUCUUCACCAUCGUGGGCAACGUGCUGGUGGUGAUAGCUGUGCUCACCAGCCGGGCGCUGAGAGCCCCUCAGAACCUCUUCCUGGUGUCCCUGGCCAGCGCGGACAUCCUGGUGGCUACCCUGGUCAUGCCUUUCUCCUUAGCCAACGAGCUUAUGAAUUACUGGUACUUCGGCAAGGCUUGGUGUAACAUUUACCUGGCGCUGGAUGUGCUGUUCUGUACCUCGUCCAUCGUCCACCUGUGCGCCAUCAGCCUCGACAGGUAUUGGUCAGUCACACAGGCGGUGGAGUACAACCUCAAGCGGACACCGCGGCGGAUCAAGGCCAUCAUCCUCACCGUGUGGCUCAUUUCAGCCAUCAUCUCCUUCCCGCCAUUGAUCUCCGUGUACCGGGACCCUGAAGGAGAUGUCUUUCCCCAGUGCAAGCUCAAUGACGAGACAUGGUACAUCCUUUCUUCUUGCAUUGGCUCUUUCUUUGCCCCCUGCCUCAUCAUGGUGUUGGUCUAUAUCCGCAUCUACCGUGUGGCCAAGCUAAGGACCAGGACCCUGUCUGAGAAGCGAACGAUGCCAGAGGGGUCCUCCCAGACUGAGAACGGCUUGAGCCGCGCUGCUGGCGGCUGCACAUCCCUGAGGAUGCAGCUGGGAGAGAACGGACAUUAUUCAGUGCACCACUGGCGCAAAGCCUCUGAGCUGGAGGACAUUGAGCUGGAGGAGAGCAGCACCUCAGAGAGCAGGCGGAGGCGGAGCCGGGAGGAGCAUCGCCGCAAAAGCAAGAGCCAGUCCUUCUCCUACUCAUACUCCUCCAAGCACUCCAGUAGCCGCCUGUCCCGUGCGAGCAAUCGCUCCAUGCAGUUCUUCUCGUAUCGCCGUCGCCGGAAGCGUAGCAGCAUCUGCCGUAAGAAAGUUGCCCAGGCCAGGGAGAAACGCUUCACUUUUGUGCUGGCUGUGGUCAUGGGGGUCUUUGUAGUUUGCUGGUUCCCUUUUUUCUUCACCUACAGCCUCUAUGGUAUUUGCCGGGAGGCAUGUGAGGUCCCUGAGACUCUCUUCAAGUUCUUCUUCUGGAUUGGGUAUUGCAAUAGCUCCCUCAACCCAGUCAUCUACACAAUCUUCAACCAGGACUUCCGCAGGUCCUUUAAACACAUUCUUUUUAAGAAGAAGAAGAAGAACUUCCGGCAUUGA